AUGAAGGAUUCUAAGGUUGUCGAGGAUGUGGAAACUGUAUCCUCCAGUGAAUCAGUCAAGAAACCUAUUAGAGAAAAGUUUCUCUUGUUUAAGAUUGAUGUAUUUGUGCUUUCAUUUGUUUGUCUCCAAUAUUGGAUCAAUUAUGUUGAUCGUGUGGGGUUUUCAAAUGCCUAUAUAUCAGGUAUGAAACAGGAUUUGAAUAUGAAAGGUAAUCAAUUAAACGUGACUAAUACAUGUUUCACUAUCGGUUAUAUUAUAGGGAUGAUCCCUAACAAUUUGAUGUUAUUAGUGGUUCCUCCUCGUAUUUGGUUAAGUUUUUGUACAUUUGCUUGGGGGCUUCUCACUUUGGCCAUGUAUAGAGUUACUUCAUACCAACAUUGCUGUGCUUUAAGGUUUUUUCAAGCCAUAUUUGAAAGUUGUACUUUUGCUGGUACUCAUUUAAUUCUGGGAUCAUGGUAUAAAGAAAACGAAUUACCAAUUAGAUCAGCUAUUUUCACAAGUAGUGGAUUAAUUGGUUCAAUGUUUAGUGGAUUUAUGCAAGUUAAAAUUUUCAAUAAUUUAGAUGGGGUCCAAGGUCUAGCAGGUUGGAGAUGGCUUUUUAUCAUUGAUUUCUGCAUAACGAUUCCAAUUGCCAUAUAUGGGUUUAUCUUUUUCCCAGGUGUUCCAGAUUCCAAUAGAGAUGGAAUCUUGAAUAAAUUUUCAAUGUCAAGAUAUAUCUUUAAUGAACAAGAAUUGAAGUUUGCUAGAAGAAGACUUCCAGCAAGAGAUGAAACAACAUCUUUGGAUUGGUCGAUUGUUCCAAGAGUCCUGAAAAGAUGGCAUUGGUAUCUUUUCUCAUUGGUUUGGAUCUUUGGUGGUGAGAAUCUAAGUUUUGCCUCAAAUACAACUUUUGCAUUAUGGUUAACAAAUCAAAAUUAUUCUUUAUCUAAUAGAAAUAAUUUCCCAUCGGGGAUAUAUGCAGUUGGUAUUGUCUCUACAGUCAUAUCUGCUUUGUAUCUAAGUAAAAUCAAACGGGCAAGACAUUGGCAUAUUGCCAUAGUGAUAGCAAUUGUAAUGUGUGUCAUGGCGAUAAUGAUUCGUUGCAAUGCAACAUCCCCAGCUGUGAUGUUCACCGCUCAAUACCUUGGUGGUAUUGCAUAUGCAGGUCAAGCUGUCUUUUUCGCUUGGGCAAACGUUGUAUGUCAUGAGGAUUUACAAGAAAGAGCUGUCGUACUGGCUUCAAUGAAUAUGUUUUCAAGUGUUGUCAAUGCUUGGUGGUCUAUUCUUUUCUACGCAGCUACGAUGGUGCCUCAUUACAAGAAUGGUUGCUAUGCAAUGAUUGCGACCGCAGUGGCAAGUGGAAUUACAUCUAUUGUUAUUAGAUCUUUACAAAUAAAAGAUAAUACAGAAAAGAAACAAUUGCCUUAUAUCAAUGCCAAUGAUGUUGUUGGGCAAGAUGAAAUAGACGAUUUCCAUAAGGAUGGUGAGGAAGACGAUGACGACGCUGUAGGAACUGCAUAUGUUGGGAGUAGAGCAACUGAUAUGAUACAAGUAGGAACAUCAAGUCAAAUUUAUUAA